GCUGCGUAUUCCUUAAAAAAGCAGGAAGAAAAAAAGACAAGUAAUGCAAACCCUCUGCUUUCGACAAAAUCGUCCAUGUCGAGUAAACGGGGUGUCAGAUUUGUUUGUUUCAUACACGAUGGAGUAACUUGCCAUAGAGGCCACAUUUAACUAUAUUAAGCAACGACAUUUAAACUCCGGUCCUGGGGUCCCUCUGGCUGUGCCGAUCCUCAUUAGGUUGCUCCGGCGGAAGCCAUCACAAUUUCUGUAAUCUUAUAAAUCCAAGAAGUUGAUAGGAUUGUUUUUUGCUAGUAACUCUACUUGUUCCUCUUAUGAUUGCUGUAACUGAUAAACUUUAGCUAGAUUGUAUAACUAUGCUUCUAUAAGUUCUCUUGAACAAUUGGUGAUUAAUAACAGUAAUCCGUUUUGGUCUUGUCCUUGUAUUGCUCUUCUGAUGUAUGCACCAAUCAACUGAAAGCAACUUAUUAUUCAAAAACAACACAAAUGCGGCAAUGCAAUUUAAAACAUUUUUAGGUUGCAGCUAUUAUUAGAUGCCAUAUAUAGGUUGCCAGGACUCAGGUUGAGAACUGACCUGAAUCACCCCAUCAGUUUGCCUUUCUCGUCACUGUUUGGAAGACAGAUCUGUCCAUUGACUUUGUAACUGGUUAACAAUGAUGCUUUUGUGAUAAUUUAUUUUGUUCUCUGGAGUUCCAGAUUGCUUGAUUACAUACUGUAAUUAAAAUAAGAUGGCUAAUAAUUAGUUCAUAAGACUCAUUUGAAAAGGGGGGGGGGGUUUAAAAAUACGCUUACUUAGUUUGCCUUGUGUUUGAUAUUUAUAUUUUCCCAGUGCUGUUCAACAAAACUAUUUGACGGUGUUUCAUUUUUGAACAGCUGUAAUAAUAAUAUUCAUUCAAUAAACUUUGAGGCUAUUGAACGAUGGGUACAACAGAGUAAAUGGUUUUCAAAUGUUCCAAGUAACAUACUUUGGUUAAAUCUGUGAUGUGUGGUGUGAUCUUGCUCUGGAUUUUGUACCAAAGACAUCAGACAGCUUGGAACUUUUUCUCAAGAUUUGGUUUUGAUUUUCCUCAUUCAAGGAAAAUAUUUGUACGGGAAUGCAUUGCUGCACCUUUCAAGCAAGCUUGAAACCAUUUACUCCUGAUAUAAUGGGCAACCUGUCUGAUGUGUCACUACAUUGGUAGAUGGUUAGGUUUAGUUUUUAACUAAACAUAAAAAAAUGCUUGUAGUUUGGUUUUAAUCAUAUGCACGCAUACUUUGUAUUUGAACUUCAUAAUAUGAUUGUUAUAGCCAGUUGUCACAGUAUCAUUUAUUCUACUGGCAAAUAGUGACAUUGAUGUAAUUCGUUAUGGUAGUGAUUUUUGCUGAGUUGUAGUCAGCAGUGACAAAUGUCAGUGCUUGUACUCAAGAAAACUCAUAUCAAGGCAAUGAAAGGAUGUCAUUUGGACAUUUUACUGUGGAUAAGCUGUGAAAAAUAUUAGAGAAACAAGAUUAUUUUAGCAAUUCAAUUAAAUAUAGUCUUAUUAGUAUGUUUUGGCCAUCAACCGCAUAAUAAGUGAAUGGAAGAGGAUUAUAUAAAGUCUUGGGCACAGUUGUGGAUGGCUGCCUAAUGUAUGAAGUAAUUCACUGCUCUUUCAAAUCUUGGUGGCACUGCAAUACCAGUGAUCUCAUCAGUAUAAUCAAUGGUUGUGCAGUUUUGCUUCAGAUAUAUAAGCAUUUGCUAGUUGGUCAGUAUAGCUUGAUUUUAAUUGUCUUUUUCUGCCUCAGCUUCUUUUUUUUCCUUUGACCCAAAGUAGAUGUCUUGGAGAUAUAUUAUUGUGUGUAGCUAGAUACUGGAUCAUUUUUGAAAUUGGAUACAUUAGGUAGCAAUUGCUUUUGAAUGGGAACAUUAUCAUUCACAGUUUAUUGGAGAUUGUACCAUGUGCUUUGUUGAACUGUUCAUCUUAGUUGAAACAUUUACUUUACAGGAUUAAGUACAGCAUAAAAGUUGCCCCAUAGCUAGAAAUGUUACAGUAGAACAUACAGCCAGUUGGUUUUCUGUGUAAUUCAUGCAUGUUAGGUAUUUACAUUUGGGAAGUGGUGAAAGAUUUGCCUCAUUUUUCUUGUGAUCAUUUCUUGCCUUUUGCCUUGUCUUUCAAAUAUUUUGGAUGAACGCAGAUGUUUCCACAUGCAGCUUAAUCCCGUGAUGUAUUUUAUUUGUCAUUUGUAGAAGGUGAGUUAGCAUAGCUUUUGCAGGAAUCGCUAAUUUCCUGCAGCAAUCUGUGCAUUCCAUUGCUGGCUGUGCCCACACCCUCCCCCACCCCCCAUGCAGGGCCUGAAUAGGGGUUGUUUUUUGUCCUAAAGUUGUAAAUGAACAAUGGGAUGCUCAUCUUUUAUGGAGUCAAAGUUCCCCGCAAUUUUCGUUUGCUGGAAGAGCUUGAAGAAGGCCAGAAGGGAGUAGGUGAUGGAACGGUCAGCUGGGGCCUGGAGGACGACGAAGACAUGACUCUCACAAGAUGGACAGGCAUGAUCAUUGGACCUGCGCGGACUAACUAUGAAAACCGAAUAUACAGCCUCAAAGUAGAAUGUGGACCUAAAUACCCAGAAGUACCACCGUCUGUUAGAUUUGUAACGAAAAUUAGUAUGAAUGGCAUAAAUAAUUCCAACGGAACGGUGGAUGCACGUAGCAUACCAAUUCUAGCAAAAUGGCAAAAUUCUUAUAGCAUUAAAGUUGUUCUUCAAGAGCUGCGGCGUCUAAUGAUGUCCAAAGAGAAUAUGAAGCUUCCACAACCACCAGAAGGACAGACCUACAGCAAUUAAUUCUAAUAGAUCCUUUUGACCCUCUGUCUUAAAUCUCCUCUUAAAUGUCUUGUAAAUUUUCACAAUGCUCACCAACCACGCAAAGGAUUUCAUCUUAAGGUCAGGAUUGGGACAUUUUUGUUCAUUAAAUCAAAACAUCCAAUAAAAUUUCCUGUUCUUUGUGGCAGUUGAAAGAUUGAAACGAGAACCGCUCCGAGUAAUUUUGUUCUUAUUCAAGGCACUCAGAAUAUGAACGUGGAAACUUAAGACGGCUUUCUGCUUAGAGAAAAGCAUGACCCACACGGUCGUUGCUGCAAACCUAAACGUAUGUUAAGAUGACUGGUCACCAUAAAACAUAGAAUGUGUAUAUAGAGGCAUGCUUUAAAUGACAUUAAUAAUGAGCUGCAUAUUAAGUUGUAUGUUAGUGAAACCUAGCGGUACACUAAACUAUGUUGCAGAAUCUGUUCAUAAGUAUUAAAGUGUGGCGGUAGACUACUAGUAGUAUCACAGAGUGUUAAGGGUUGUUUUUCAUAUCUGUAUUUAUGACACAAUACCAGCUGAUUUCUGUUAAGCAGCUCUGUGUAUGUACCAGUAAUUGCAGAUUUGUCUUUGUUCUAAACAACAUGCAUUUAACUUUAGUGAAAAUAAGACAAUAGGUGUAUGGAAAUGUCAUUUUCUGAGAUUAAAAUCGGUCUGCAAUUUAAAUAUGGACUUUCUUUUUUCCUUGGCAAACUAUGUAUGCCCUCAUGGUACAUUCUUCCAUAUACAAAAAUGAUUGGUAAUGUUUUAUUGCAGUGCAUGUGGGAAGGAAUAAGCCUCUAAUCACAAAGGGACUCAUGAUGACCGGCUGCCAGUUUAGUUUUCGCUGUAUGCUUCUGGUUGGUUUGGUGUUUGUUUGCUUUUGUUUUAAACACGAGCUGGCCAGAUCCGCACAUGUCCCAGUCUGAUGAUGUCUAUUUCUGAGCCACGUGCUUUUCUCUAUAAACCAUGCAUUGGCCUUAAACAUCUAGUGGUUGAAUCCAGGGAGCUUAGCCUUUUCAAAAUGCCUGCCAAGCAUCUACAUAUGGAUGAUUGUUUUAAUACAGUUUUUUUUUUUUGGUCCAGUUAUACUGUUGAGAAACUCAGUUUUGUUACAUGUAUGGUGUCUCCCCUGAUGCAGAACUUAGGUUAAAGUAUGACCUGUCGGAGGCUUAAAAAUCGGCCACUUAAAAUGCUCUUUGUUGAGUGGAAUUGACAAUAUUGCUUUAAAUGACUUUGUAAACCUACAUCCUUUGGGUUUCCAAGAUGUUUGUUUUUCUGUACUUUUCUUUUGUUUGUUUGUUUUUAUUUUUUCUGGUUAAGCUUUAACCGUUAAGGUGCCAAGACAGACACAGUGGGCACAAAUGUUGGAAAGAAGGUGAGCGAUUCUUGUACCUGCAACGAUUAGCUGUUAAUAAAGAUUCUCUGUACCUUACGAUACGGUGGACCAGAAUCCACUGGGUUGGAGUGUUUGAUUAAUAAAGCUUCAAGUCAAACUGA